CCGCCAAUCGAUUUUUGCUAUAAAACCAAAUCAGGUAAAACAAACCUUCAUUCAUUCUUCCCAUCGCUACAAAAUUCCUUUUCCUUUCGUUGAAGAGAGAAAGAAAGAAAAGAGAUUCAUUCAAACCUAGCACCCAAUUCCGUUUCAAGAUGCAAAUCUUCGUUAAGACCCUCACUGGAAAGACCAUCACUCUCGAAGUUGAGAGUUCAGAUACCAUAGACAAUGUUAAGGCAAAGAUUCAAGACAAGGAAGGAAUCCCACCUGACCAGCAGCGUCUGAUUUUUGCUGGAAAGCAGCUGGAGGAUGGGCGUACCCUUGCUGAUUAUAACAUCCAGAAGGAGUCCACCCUCCAUUUGGUGCUCCGUCUCCGUGGUGGUAUGCAAAUAUUUGUGAAGACUCUCACUGGAAAGACAAUCACCCUUGAGGUGGAGAGCUCUGAUACCAUUGACAAUGUUAAGGCCAAGAUACAGGACAAAGAAGGUAUUCCACCAGACCAGCAGAGGCUCAUCUUUGCUGGAAAACAGCUUGAAGAUGGCAGAACCUUGGCUGACUACAACAUCCAGAAGGAGUCAACUCUCCAUCUUGUGUUGCGACUUCGCGGUGGUAUGCAGAUUUUUGUAAAGACCCUUACAGGAAAGACAAUUACUUUGGAGGUAGAGAGCUCAGAUACGAUUGACAAUGUAAAGGCAAAGAUUCAGGACAAAGAGGGUAUUCCCCCAGAUCAGCAGAGGCUCAUUUUUGCUGGAAAGCAGCUUGAAGAUGGCAGAACUCUUGCUGAUUACAACAUCCAGAAAGAGUCAACUCUUCACCUUGUCUUGCGUCUUCGUGGUGGUAUGCAGAUUUUUGUGAAGACUCUUACUGGCAAGACAAUUACUUUGGAGGUAGAGAGCUCGGACACAAUUGACAAUGUGAAGGCCAAGAUACAAGACAAGGAGGGUAUUCCCCCAGACCAGCAAAGGUUGAUUUUUGCUGGAAAGCAACUUGAAGACGGUCGAACUCUGGCUGAUUAUAAUAUCCAGAAAGAGUCGACUCUUCAUCUUGUCUUGCGGCUUCGUGGUGGUAUGCAGAUUUUUGUUAAGACCCUAACUGGAAAAACGAUUACUUUGGAGGUUGAGAGCUCAGACACAAUUGACAAUGUAAAGGCUAAGAUUCUGGACAAGGAGGGCAUUCCUCCAGACCAGCAAAGGUUGAUUUUUGCUGGAAAGCAGCUUGAAGAUGGAAGGACCUUGUCAGAUUAUAACAUCCAGAAGGAAUCAACCCUUCAUCUUGUCCUUCGUCUGAGGGGAGGCAUGCAGAUCUUUGUGAAGACUUUGACAGGAAAGACCAUUACAUUGGAGGUGGAAAGCUCUGACACCAUUGAUAAUGUUAAGGCUAAAAUACAGGAUAAGGAGGGAAUCCCACCAGAUCAGCAGAGGUUGAUCUUUGCUGGGAAGCAGCUUGAAGAUGGCCGGACUUUGGCUGAUUAUAACAUUCAGAAAGAGUCCACCCUUCACCUUGUCCUUCGUCUGAGGGGAGGUAUGCAGAUCUUUGUGAAGACAUUGACCGGAAAGACCAUCACCUUAGAGGUGGAAAGUUCAGACACUAUCGAUAAUGUCAAGGCAAAAAUCCAGGACAAGGAGGGAAUCCCCCCAGAUCAGCAGAGGUUGAUCUUUGCUGGGAAGCAAUUGGAGGAUGGAAGGACCCUUGCUGACUACAACAUUCAGAAGGAGUCUACUCUUCACCUUGUUUUGCGUCUUCGUGGUGGAUUUUAAGUAUUUGGGUUGUUUAGUUUUAUUUUAUUUUAUUGUGUGCUGUGUCCUAGCAGGUCUUUUUUCAGUUUGAGAACUUAUUGCAUGGGUCUUGGAUAAUGGCCUUUUACUUUAGCUUGUUGUGGUACUCGUAUCUGUUCUCAUAGUUAAACUUCAUGAACAUGAACUAAUUGCUAUCAUUCCAGUGAUCAAGCACUCUUGUUUUUUUAAUCUGAAGAUCAAAAUAUUAUUGUACUUUCGAUUCAUUAUUGCUAUGCUUGAAGUUGGAGGAA